CACUUAGCUCAGAGACAGCUCAUUGCUGGUUAAUAAGAACGCUGUUGCUCUGUUGUACAUCUGUUAGCCAUUUAGGAAUAGGAAGGAACACAAACUGCGGGUAUCCGUCUCUUUAGGUGUGUUCAUACGUUGAAAAUACCUGCAGCAACUCGUUCAGCUGAACCUACUUUCAGGAGAGAAGACAAAAAAAACAAAACGGAACUUUGUAAAGGAAUAUACUUAUAGUUCAUUUAGCGCUUCAAUUUACUUUGUUUCCUUUAAUUGUUUUUAUCAUUUGUAGACAGAUGGGGACCGCUGGUCUCACGGUUGUGGGCAUUUUACUCGCCAUUUUACAGGUCUCUGGUUUUGUGACUUCUGAGGAGCCAACAUUACAUGUUGAGCAUUACCAGGGAGGCCAGAACCAUCAACAUCAACAUACUGAAGUGGACUAUGCUAACAACAUAGAGAGUGCAACUGAUCAACAGGUGCCCAUUCUGGAAUUUCCCAAGCCGGCUGAGGGGCUGAGGAGGAGGAAGAGAGAAUGGGUUAUUCCUGCUAUCACUUUUAUUGAGAAUGACAGAGGACCAUACCCCCUAAAAGUAACGCAAAUCCGUUCUAAUGCGGAUAACGUAAAGAAGAUCUUCUACAGCAUCACUGGUGAAGGAGCUGAUCAUCCUCCUAUUGGCCUUUUCACCAUGGACAGAAACACUGGCAUUCUGUAUGUCACACAACCAGUGGACAGAGAGGAGAAAGACAGGUACAUGUGUCAAGUUCAUGCUGUAGCAGACAGUUCAGGAAAUGUUGAGGCCCCAAUGGAUGUUAUAGUGAAAGUUAUUGACCAGAACGACAACAAACCUACUUUUGCUCAAGACAUCUUUCUGGGAGAAGUUGCCGAGGCCACACCAAUAGGUUUUGAGGUGAUUAAGGUUGUGGCCACAGAUCUUGACCAGCCAAAUACUGACAACUCAGAUAUCCGCUACCGUCUUAUCAGCCAGGAGCCAGCGUUGCCCAGUGACUUGAUGUUUGCCAUCAACCCAGUCACAGGAGUCAUCAGAGUCAAUGCCGGUGGGCUAGACAGAGAGAAAUACCCCAUGUAUACUCUGGUGGUACAAGCAGCAGACACGAUGGGAGAAGGAUUGAUUGGAAAAGCAAAAGUAAUCCUUAACGUCACAGAUAGCAACAACAAUGCUCCUGCCUUCUCUCAGCCAUUGAGCGCAACUGAUCAACAGGUGCCCAUUCUGGAAUUUCCCAAGCCGGCUGAGGGGCUAAGGAGGAGGAAGGGACAAUGCGUUGUUCCUGACUUCAAUGUUGUUGAGAAUGACAGAGGACCAUACCCACUAAAAGUAACGCAAAUCCGUUUUGAUGCGGAUCAAGUGAAGAAGAUCUUCUACAGCAUCACUGGUGAAGGAGCUGAUCAUCCUCCUAUUGGCCUUUUCACCGUGGACAGAAACACUGGCAUUCUGUAUGUCACAAAACCAGUGGACAGAGAGGAGAAAGACAGGUACAUGUUUCAAGUUCAUGCUGUAGCAGACAGUUCAGGAAAUGCUGAGGACACUAUGGAGAUUAAAGUGAAAGUUAUUGACCAGAAUGACAACAAACCUACUUUUGCUAAGACAUCUUUCUGGGAGAAGUUGCUGAGGCCACACCAACAGGUUUUGAGGUGAUUAAGGUUGUGGCCACAGAUCUUGACCAGCCAAAUACUGACAACUCAGAUAUCCGCUACC